UUUUUUUUUUUUUUACCCCGUGAUACUGCCUUCGGUGGCGCGGAGUUCCGUGCUAUGGCGUGUUGAACGGCAGCGCGGCGGGAAUGCUGAAGAUACACGGGAUGCUGUGCAGCGAAAGAGUCCAUCCACGGAACCAGCAGGUGGCGAGAACGAAUGGCGUCCCAAACGCCGCCUACUGCGAGCGAUGAGGAUAAGCAGCCACGUCCGGGUGUCCCGCAUGUCCGCAAGCCGGGAGAAUCCACGGAAGGAGACGGUCCCUGGAACCCGGCCCGGGGGUGCAAAGCCCGGUGCCACCCGGCGGCGAGGACGGCGCAGGUCAAACUGCGUCCGCUCGGGCAGGAGAAGGUGCGCGUGUGCUGCGACCAGGAAUUGGAGACGUCGUUCACCUACGUGGAUGAAAAUGUCAACUUGAGACUCGCCAGCCCGGAGACCAGUCAGAAAAGUUCUCAUCGAACCGCACGCAAUGGCGAUCCGUGCUCUGAAACGCUCCCGGAAUUUUCUUUCAUGUCCGAGGAUGAUUUGUCCUUUGGAGAGUCGUCCGGGUCCUCAGUGGACUACUGGUUUAUAAGUGCGGUCACGUUUUUGGUGACCGGCAUCUCCUUGGUGAUCAUCUCCUACGUCGUGCCCAGGGAUGUGGUGGUGCAAGACCGGGACAGUGUCUCGGCGAGGGAGAUGGAGAGGCUGGAGCUGGAGAGUGCUCGGAUCGGAGCUCACCUGGACAGGUGCGUCAUAGCGGGACUGUGCCUGCUGACUCUGGGCGGGGUCGUGCUGUCCACGCUGCUCAUGAUCUCCAUCUGGAAAGGAGAGAUGUACAGGAGGAAAGUCAUCGCCUAUUCCAAACGUUCAGCCAAACUGUACGGCUCCAUCAGCUUGAAAACUAAAUCCAGUCCCAGUCACUCCUCGACACAAUUGUCCCUGGACGACAUCGUGGAAAGUUUGAACUAGGCACGGACACGUGCAGUUUAUGUUCCAAGUUCAUCAACAUUAUGCAACUUGUUAGCUUAUGCUGUACACUCUCAGAAAAAAGGGUGUCAUUAUUUUGUCUCAUAGUUAUGAUAAUCCAUCCUUUAAUUGGGACAAAACAAUUUAGUAUAGUCGUGACAAAUGUAGGGUUGGAUACCAAAUGUGUCCAUUAGCAACAUCAGGUACUGAUUCAUAUAAAAUAAACGUUGGCACGUUUCGAUAUCUUUGUUACACCCAA